CAGGUCGUACUUUGGGCGGAUCCAUGUGCAGGUUGCAGUGUGGAUGGACAGGACAGCCUCUGAGGCUCCGCAGACUCCCUCCUUCACCCAACUCUGGAGGAGAAAAAUGGGAGCCAAGAAAGCCCCGAAAUACCGACUGUCACACGACACAGAAAGAGAGUUUGGAGGAACUCUGGGCGCCGUGUGCAUCCCCGUUUUCCUCCCACUGACUGUUCUCUUCCUGAUCUGUGUGAGCCAAUCAGCGGAGGCCAGCAUCCUGCAGUGGCCGCCCUGCCUCCCCUCCGCCGACCAGCUGUGGGACCCGCUGGCUCCCAUGCUGCUGCUGGCAUGGAUCGGACUGCACGCCCUCCUCUACUUGCUGCCGUUAGGGAAGGUUUCUGAAGGAUUAGCUCUGAGGGACGGAAGCCGCCUCAAGUAUCCCAUAAAUGGUUUCCACAGCCUGUGCAUCAGCGCCGUGUUGCUGUCGGUGCUGCUGGCGCUCGGUGCUCCUCUUGGAUAUCUGUGUGAGCUGCUGGUGCCGCUGGCGGUGUCUGCCGUCGCCGUGUCCUUCCUGUCCUCCGUCUACCUCUACAUCCGCUCUUUCUGGGCCCCCUCCCAUGCUCUGGCCCUGGGGGGAGACACAGGGAAUCCCCUCUAUGACUUCUUCAUUGGGCGGGAGCUGAACCCUCGGAUCGGAAACUUUGACCUUAAGUAUUUCUGUGAACUCAGACCAGGUCUGAUUGGUUGGGUGGUCAUUAACCUCGGGAUGCUGAUGAAGGAGGCGGAGCUUCGCGGUUCUCCUUCCCUCUCCAUGAUCCUGGUCAACUGGUUCCAGCUGCUUUAUGUGGCAGACGCUUUAUGGAACGAGGAGGCGGUUCUGACCACAAUGGACAUUGUGCAUGACGGCUUCGGGUUCAUGCUGGUGUUUGGCGACCUGGCCUGGGUUCCCUUCACCUACAGCCUGCAGGCUUCCUUCCUGGUUGCUCACCCUCAGAGUCUGUCUUCGCUCACGGCGGUGGCCAUAGUUGCCCUGAAUGGUGCUGGGUAUUACAUUUUCAGGAAAUCCAACUCACAGAAGAACCAGUUCAGGCGAGACCCGACUCACCCCAGCGUUUCAGGACUGGAGACCAUCGCCACAGCAACGGGGAAACGGCUGCUGGUGUCAGGCUGGUGGGGUCUCGUUCGUCAUCCUAAUUACCUCGGCGACCUCCUUAUGGCGCUGGCGUGGUCCCUGCCAUGUGGCUUCUCUCACCUCUUGCCGUACUUCUACGUGGUUUACUUCACCGUCCUGCUGGUUCACCGGGAGGCCCGGGACGAGAGGCAGUGCAGGGCCAAGUACGGACUCGCGUGGGACGCCUACUGUCGCCGAGUCCCCUACAGGAUCUUCCCGUAUAUUUACUGAAAAAGGACGACAUGCUGGAUUUUUUUUUUUUUUAUACUGGUGCACGACGUCACG